AUGGAUUACGGUGGAUAUUUUGGGCAGCAAAAUGAUAGCGCGAUGACCACACCAUUUCAUCUGAACGCGAACUUCAACUUAGCUGCGGCUAACACAGGAUAUGCCAAUGGUUCUAGCGCUUCUGCUCAAUCUCAGACUCUCUACGGACAAUAUGCUAAUCCUUACUUGGCCGGAAAUAGCCAACAAUCCGGUACCUACAGGCAAUCUACUCAUGACUCCAUACAGGCCUUCUUCAACUCAGGAUUGCAAUACCAGCUAUAUCAAAAAUCAUCCUUGAUGUCUGGCGCAGAAAAUCUACCAAGAACUAACAGCAUAAUGGCAGGUAUACCUGGCUCUUCUUUAGUAGGUAGUUUAUGUGGAUCUGGCAACCCGGCUGAGAGAAGAAAACAACGUAGAAUACGAACAACUUUUACUUCAGGACAACUCAAAGAACUAGAAAGAGCGUUCAUGGAAACACAUUAUCCCGAUAUCUAUACACGUGAAGAUAUUGCUCUCCGAAUAGAUUUAACAGAAGCUAGAGUACAAGUAUGGUUCCAAAAUCGCAGAGCGAAAUACAGAAAACAAGAGAAAAUGCGUAGAAGUAAGGAAUGUGGAGACGAGGAUGACAAGAAAAGCACAGAGAAAACAGCGGAGACAUCAGAUGAAGUAACUUCUGAUUCCACUAUGGAGCAGGUUUAA